AUGGCGAAUUCACUGAGAAACUUCAAUGAGAGUUCUGCUUCUUCUUCUGCAUCAAGAGAAAUUCGCCUUCGUCCUCCCCUGGUUCUUGAUGUUUUCUUCAUAUUGAGAGCAAUCGCAGAGCCAAAAUCACCUCAUAGAGGAUCCACCGCAAAUUGGACACCAUCAAGGGGUCGCUUUGGUUCAAAUCUGAACUUCGCCGUGCUAGGCCUGCUCUCUAAGCAGGAUCGGCCCCAGAUAGGACUGAUUCCAGGCGUUGCUUUAAUUACCAUCAUCUUGGCCUUGAUGCUGUGCGGACUGUUCAGGAUAAUUGGCAGGGUCCUGAGACAACUGACAAGAGUGAAGAAAAGCCGGAGGAGCUCAGAGGCAAUGCUGAGCGUGGAAGAUGUGCCACCAGGAUACAAGUACGAGGUGUUCUUGAGUUUCAUUGGAUCGAACACACACAACAACUUUACCGAUUGCCUUUAUCAUAGAUUGAGAAUCGCUAGAGUCCAUGUUUUCCUAGACAAAGAAGAACUCCGAGUCAGCAAAGAAAUUGAUGGUGAGCUUUUGAAAGUGCUCAACAAGUCUCGGAUCUACAUUCCCAUCUUCUCCCAGAAUUAUGCUACCAGUUCGUGGUGUCUCGAUGAGGUUGCGCACAUGCGGUGGGAGGAUGCGCUUGUGAAGGUCGCAAAUCUAAAGGGAUGGGAACUUAAAGGGAAAGGUUGCAACAUUGGACUUGAAGAAUUAGCUUUUAAUGGCUGCAACUACAAAAUCGUACCUGAAGAAUUAGCUGAUCUACCAAAUCUAAGGUUCAGGAUAAUUGGCGGGGUCCUGAGACAACCAACCAGAAUGAAGAAGAGGCGGAGGAGCUCAGAGGCAAUCCAGAGCGUGGAAGAUCUGCCACCAGUAUAUGAGUACGAUGUGUUUUUGAGUUUCAGGGGACCAGACACACGCAGCACCUUCACUGAUUGCCUUUACCAUAGAUUGAGAGACGUUGGAGUUAAUGUCUUUUUAGACAAUGAAGAACUCCGAGUUGGCAAAGAAAUCAGUGGAGAGCUUUUGAAAGCACUUGUCAAGUCUCAGAUCUAUAUUCCCAUCUUCUCCCAGGACUAUGCUACCAGUUCAUGGUGUCUCCGUGAGGUUGCGUACAUGGUAGAACACACCUCAAAUUCAGAUGGAAAGAAAGAGAUACUCCCCAUCUUCUACGAUGUGAACCCUGAUGAUGUUAAGCUCAAAAGCGAAUUGUACAAAAAAGCCAUAUCCGAGCAUGAGAAGAAGUUCGGCUCUGACGAAUUGAAACGCUAUGGAGAACUAAGUGGAUUGGUUGUGGAAGAGGUAUUGCUUAAACUUAAUGCCAUAAAUGUGGAUGUGCCUGAAUAUUGGGUUGAAGAUCAUCAUCAAAUAGAAGACGUACUAAAAAAGUUGGCAGUUGACUCUAAUGAUGUACGUUUCCUUGGUAUUCAUGGAAUAGGUGGCAUUGGUAAAACAGUACUUGCAAAGGUUGUGUUCAACAAAGUAUCUUCUGACUUUGAUAGUGUUUGUUUCCUCAACGACGUUCGAGAGUCAUCACAGCAUGGUCUUAUAAACGUGCAAAAAAAGUUAUUAUCAAGUUUGGUGGGUUCUUUGAAUGCUUACCAUAUCAAAGAUGUUAGGGAUGGGAUGAAUAUGAUCAAGAGAGUAUGUCAUACUAAAAAAGUCCUCAUUGUUCUAGAUGAUCUAGACAAGCGAGAGCAACUCAAAAAACUAGCCGGAAAAAUUGAUUGGUUUGGUUCAGGCAGUAGGAUCAUUUUCACCACCAGAAAUUUAGAGGUCUUGAAGACUCAAGUGGAAUCAUCUAGUGAAGAGGUCUUAAAUCAACCUAAAGGAAUUUUGGCUUAUGAAGUUCAUGAAAUGGAAUUUGGUCAAGCACUUCAGUUGUUUUGUAAGCACGCAUUCAGAAGAGACUCUCCCCUAGAAGGAUAUGAUCGACUUGCAAAGAAGAUUGUUCGUAGAGUGGGAAUGCUUCCUUUGGCUGUUGAGGUUAUAGCUUCAUUUCUUUAUUGCCACAGCUCUGUCCUAGAGCAACAUUUUGAUAAUCGAAAGUUAUGGGAAGAUACGUUGAAGAAGUUAGAUGAUGGCCCUUUACGGAUGUCCGAGAUGCAUUAA